UAAAACACAACAUAAUAAACACUAAGAAGAAAGGAACUAAUAAAAAAAAGUAAAGUUUUAUAAACAGAAAACGGCAUAAAAAAGAGAAAACUGAAAAAAAAGAGUUAAAAUCCCCUUAAAAAAACCCACAAAUAAAACGAAAAAAAUAAACUAAUAAAGAGUUAACUAUAAAACGAAAGCCUUUUAAGAAAAAGAGAUAAGAAAACACAACAACAAAAGUUACAAACUAAAACCCUAAAAUGACAACUAAGCUGAGAGCAUUAAGCACCACAACUCACUGAGAGUGUGUGUUCAAUAGUAAAAGAGAAAAUCUACAGAGUCAUAGUAAAUACUUAAACCUUCAGCAUAAAUUACAUAUAGCUUAGACAUAAACCAAAAACCAUCACAACAAAAUGGCUAUAAACUUUUCCGCUUCUUUUGCGGCCUGCAUAGCUGCGGGCCUUAAAGUGCCGCGUCAAAUAAUGUACUGCAUUACCCAGGAUACGGGACAGCCCUAUGUUCUCUAUAAAGACUCACAGGAGGCGGAGCGUAAUGCUGCCGCCAUAGGUGGCUCGGCCACCCAGUGGGGCAGUGAAAUGUAUCCGGGCAUACAGCAACAGGCUCAAACACAUUUAAGCGCACAACAGCAACAGCAGAAUGCAGCAGCGCAAAUAGCGGCUAAUGGCCAGUCGGCAGCGACAAAUGGACCACAGCCUACGUCGCCGAAUGGAGAUCCUAAUGUUCGAGAGAAUGGUGGUGAUGCAGGAGGAGGUGGUGGCGGUGGGGGUACCGGUAGUGCGGGUGGUGUACGACAGCAAGGUUCGCCCUCGACUAGUCCCUACCCGCCACAACAGCAACAGCAGCAGCAGCAGAGAGCGAAUGGCAGCAAUGAGGAUGAUGUGAAUAUGAAUCAGGCAUCUGGUCUCCAUCAAAACUCCACCCAACAAACCAAUCCAAACCAAAGCUCAAAUGAUCCCCAACAGCAUCAGCAGCAGAACGGCAGUGCUGCCGGUUCCGCGGACAAUCCCGCGGGGAAUAAUCCACAUGUACAACAGAAUGGCCAAACUAACGAUCACAGCAAUUUUCCUACAGCGAAUGGUGAACUUUCGGGUUACUAUGCGCCACGCCACCCGGGUCAGGGUGCCCUAAUGGCACCGCCCGGUUUCCCACCCCUACACUAUCUCAACAAACCCGUGCUGCCGGGACUCAACGGCAGUAUGGAUCAAAGUGCAGCCAAUGGUCCCUCCAACGGCUUAGAGGGUUACACCUUACCCGAACUAUUACCCGGACAAAAUGGGUCUGCUAAUAGCAAUAACCAGCAGAAUGGCUCUAAUCACAAUACAACAACCUCCAAUGGCACCGGCGGACGUCAUCCCACCUCUAGCAGCAAUAACAAUUCGUCGGGCAGUCAUAAACCCCCCAAACCUCAUAGUGAUCUUAGGCUAUUCAAGUGCCUGACCUGCGGCAAAGAUUUUAAGCAGAAAAGCACCCUACUGCAGCACGAUCGCAUACACACAGACGCACGUCCCUAUCCAUGUUCGGAAUGUGGCAAACGCUUUCGCCAACAAUCGCAUCUGACGCAACAUUUACGCAUACACGCCAAUGAGAAGCCCUUCACUUGCGGUUACUGCAAUCGAGGCUUUAGACAGCGGGCGAUACUGAAUCAACAUGUUCGCAUCCAUUCGGGUGAGAAGCCCUUUGCGUGUCCCGAGUGCGGCAAGCACUUUCGCCAGAAGGCCAUCCUUAAUCAACAUGUGCGAACCCACCAAGAUGUCUCACCACAUCUCAUCUUUAAAAAUGGUCCACAUCCCACGCUAUGGCCGCAGGAUGUACCCUUUCCGGGCGAGGAGAAUGAUACCAAAAAUGGUAUUGCCGGCGAUGGUUAUCAUGAUGAAGAUUCUCAAGGUGGCCAAGAUGGUGGUAUACACUAUCCUUCAUACUUUAAAGAUGGUAAAGGUCAAAAAAUCUUACCCGAUGUUCUGUCACACAUUGGCAUCCGUCCGGCAAAUAUGCCACUGUAUGUACGUUGUCCCAUUUGUGAUAAGGAAUUCAAACAGAAGACCACUCUACUACAGCAUGGUUGCAUACAUAUCGAAUCGCGUCCUUAUCCUUGUCCCGAGUGUGGUAAACGUUUCCGUCAGCAGUCACAUUUGACGCAGCACUUACGAAUACAUACCAAUGAAAAACCGUUCGGUUGUCUCUACUGUCCGCGUUUCUUCCGCCAGAGAACCAUCUUGAAUCAGCAUAUACGCAUACAUACCGGAGAGAAGCCCUAUAAAUGUGCCCAAUGUGGUAAAGAUUUCCGUCAGAAGGCCAUUUUGGAUCAGCAUACACGAACUCACCAGGUAGGCGAUCGUCCCUUCUGCUGUCCCAUGCCAAAUUGCCGAAGACGUUUCGCUACCGAAAACGAGGUAACCAAACACAUUGACAACCACAUGAAUCCGAGUGCCACGAAGACACGACGGGCCAACAAUACCAAUAGCAAUACAACCCACUCAGCGGCUGCAGUGGCAACAGCAGCAGCUGCUGCCGCGGCCAAUCAUUUAAUGAAUGAAACGAAAAAUGCAGCCGCUCAACAGUUUCUAAACAACAACAAUCCCGUGGCGCAACCGGGUGAAAACAAAAACAAUAUAUUACCGCGUUCAAUGGGAGGUGGAGGUGGUAAUACCGGAUCACAAGUGAAAAAUGAAUUGUACUUUCCGCAAUGUUAUGGACCACCAUUCCAGCAUCCCUUUCAGGGACAGCCACAGGCAGCUCAUGCUGGUCCCGGACAACCAUCAGUAUCGGUAAGUGUGGCAAAUUCCGUAGCUCCCGGGGUGGUGGUGCAGCAAAAUGCUGCCACUUCAGUAGUGGCUCAGUGACAUCCCCCAAAUGCGGGAACCACAGCAACUGUAACAUCGGCCGGAGGUAGUGCAAGUGCUGCUAGUAGCACAACUGCUGCAGGAGCAGCAGCUGCACAUAGUCAUCAUCAGCAACAGCAGCAGCAGGGAGCUCACAAUGCUAGCAGCUCUGCUGGCCAAGCACCCCAAACCGUAACACUCUCCAUAACACUACCACCUGUGGGUGGUAUGCCACCGACGGCGGCUGCCGUAGCAGCAGCAGCUACGGCCACUUCUUCGCAUCAUCAUCAGGGUCAUACAACGCACGCUCACAAUCAACCGCCGCCAGCGCAUCCACCACCCACUGGGCCACCACCUACUCUCUCCCAUGCAAUUCCUAUACAUCCACAUAUACACUCAAUAUUCGGAUCUCUAUGAUAAUAUCAACAAACUUAAGUAUACAAUGAUUUUUCUUAAAAAUUUUAAAACAUAUUUUUAAAACAAUUUUAAUUUUCUUUAAAACAAAAACGAAGAAAACUCUAAAAAGAGUCCUUUUUUUAGGCAUUUGCUAAGCGAAUAACAAAUUGAGCUAAAAAAAUACUGAAAAAAACACCUUAAAAACAAAGCAAUUACAUAUACAAAUUUUUCAUUUUGAAACCAUAAUCCUCGUUUUAAACGUUUUUUUAAAUAACAAUUUUAAAUUUAAAUUUUACUAUUACUUUAAUAUAAAAAAAGUUUUUAAUUAUUUUUGUUUCUUUUUCUUAAAAUUUUUAAUUAAGAAAAAGUUAUACUAGUCUUUUCGAAAAGGACUCUAA